UCAUUUGGCCACUGGCCACUGCUAGUGCUAGUCCCCUCCCUCCUGCCCUCAUACGCUCUUGCUCAGUCUAUUUCUAUCUCUCUUCGGUGACCAUUUUUAGCUUCAGACUCUGAGAAACAACGCGAGAAAAAAUAUAAAAAAGAUAAAAUUGUGACUCUAGUUUUUCGAUCAUCCUCAAUAAGGGUUUAAGGACUGAGUAUAUCACAAAGACAUUGCAAGCAACGUGUUGCGGAGGACAACUGCAUUUGAAAUGGCAGAAGAGAGAAGAGAGAAUAUUAUGUCAGUAGAGCUAGCAAUCCAAAGAGAGCAAGCAUACAGGAGGAAAGUAUCUAUGUUGCAGUUGAAUUUAAAUAAUGAUAUGAAUGAUCUUUUGCCUUUGGAGGUGCCAACUUCACAUCCAAGUCCUAGCCCCAGUCUAACACCGGCAGAUGGGCCAAGUUCAAGUCCAAGUCCAGUUCUGAGCACAAGUCUUUUGGGGACAAAGCAAAAAGAGCUGACUACCUACCUCCGAUACCUGCCACCUCAACAGCCCCAACCAUUUCAUGGUAAUGUCAUACUUGGAAAUGAGACAGACAACUUAUUUUGUGAGAUGUGCCAAGUGCUGUGCUCAGGUGCGUUUAAUCUCAGGCAGCACCUAGAAGGAAGAAAACACAAGGGAAAGAUAGAAGAGUUGGAACAUAUCAGGAAAUAUAGAGGAGAGAAAGCAAACCAGCAUUUGCAAGGAGCAAGGCACAGGGAGAAACUACAAGAGUUGGAAUCUGGAAAAGAUGGUGGAAAGGUCCUAAACCAGCCGAAGUGGUGUAAAUUGUGUAAGCUUUGGUGUCCGAGUAAACAUAAUUUUAAGCAACAUCUUGAAGGCCAAAAGCAUGCCUUACGGCUACAGGCUUUUCAGCAGGAAAAGAGGGCCGAAUAGAUGAUCUGUUAGGACUUAAACUAUCAUUCCAUUACAAAAGGCAACUCCAUUAGCAAAAAUUGUUAAAAUGGAUGGAAAAGCGUGCACGUUGUGUGACCACCUUUGUGUCUUUAUUUCUAAAAUACAUUUAAAAAUCAUUAAAAGAACGUUUAACAAAUUUUA